AAUAAGAUCUACUUGGUAUCUGGUUGAGUAAGAUUUCAUACAAAGGAGGCUCUCAACCCCUCCGCCGCUCACCGCUCACACUAAGCUCCGACUUUCCACAACAAACGGAAAUAAGAAAAGCCUUGAACUAUCACGUUACUAAGGCAAUCAUGCCCUUGGGCGAACCUAACUUCUACCUCUUCGGGGGAUUAAAGCCUUGGAUCGAGCAAGCUUGGAUCGCCUCGGACGACAGAGUACGGGGUGGUAAAAGCCAGAGCUACUUAAUAUGCUCACCCGAUUCUAGUACCGCUUCUUUCCGCGGUCAUCUGGAUAUAUCCGCUUUAGGUGGAGCCGGUUUUGCCUCUCAGCGAACCGUGGAUCCGCAGUCAUGGGACUUAUUCGACUAUCAAGGUAUACGUCUUGGAGUGGGCGAAGGAGAUGGCAAGAAAUAUACCAUCGCCAUUAAAGACGACAAUCCUCCUAAGCGUGAAGAUGGAAGAGAAGAGAGUACCGUUAGUUGGGAGUACGACUUCGUACCGACUGGCCAUGAAGUCACGGCUUCCUGGGAAGACUUCAAGCCCAUGUAUCGCGGUCAACCAAAGCCGGACGCCGAGCCCUUGCGCCUCGAUCAUAUCAAGAGAAUAAGUAUUAUGAUGCGAAGUUUCUUCGGUGAACAAGAAGGCCCUUUCAAACUGGAACUCAAGUAUAUUGCGGCUAUCCAAUUCAACAAUCAUGCGAACGAAUAAUGGGGGCCCAUUUCUGGGAGUCGACUUUUGGCAUAAUGACGAAUGCUUGAGGCGGAGUGAAUCAACAAUUCGGUUCACUGUACGACUGUCCCCCAAUGGGGGUUUAAUUAGUAAAUAGCACCAUAGAGGAAUGGGGGUGAGAACUCAAUGAAGCCAGGAGGAAGAGGGGGGCUAGAAAUUAAUACAAACGACUCCAAGCCGCCGCUUUCAUCUGGCCAGCAAGGGAAAUCUGAAAAUUUAAUGAACAGGGAUACUUUUCGGGACUCAGUUGAUCAUCUCUUAUUUCCAUGUCUCCCAUAUUGGAACCUUAAUUCACGAACUGCAUAUUGCUUGUUCCUAAACGCUCUGGGCGCCAACACGGGGUCGAAUUAUGUCUAUUACUACCCACCUACUAAAAGAACAAUUAGCCCAAUUCGCGUUUUCGUCUUCCGAAGGAUUACCAUGCUGAACGAUGUUGGUUUCGAAGCCUCACUAGCCACAGAUUCAAUCGAGCCAACCGCAUUUUCCUCUUAGUCGAUGCUAUUAGCGGAAUUGUACGACGCACAUACUAACAUUCGCCGCGUGGAAGCUGUACGUGAUCGAUUUGCAUAUUGACUGCAUUUUUAGAGUAAUAAUAUCAUAACAGGGUCGCCUGAUUUUUCUCUUAUCCAAGCGGUCAAGUUGUUUAGCUGAGGCAUAUGCGUAUCAUUUU